AUGGGUUUGAUGGACAUCUUCACGUCCAUCAAAGUCAAAGCAGAGAGCUUCCUGAAUGAGAAGAACAUGGUGACAGACUUUCUGGGGAAGCUGGAGGAGAAAACGGGGAUAAAGAAGAAGAUUAUCGCUCUGGGUGCCGUCUCACUGACAGGACUCUACCUGGUGUACGGAUAUGGUGCCUCCCUGCUCUGCAACCUGAUUGGAUUUGUUUAUCCAGCCUAUUAUUCAAUCAAAGCCAUCGAGAGUACGAGUAAAGAAGACGACACCAAAUGGCUGACCUACUGGGUGGUGUACGGCGUCUUCAGCGUGGGCGAGUUCUUCUCUGAUAUUUUCCUCUACUGGUUCCCCUUCUACUACGCUUUUAAGUGUCUCUUCCUGUUGUGGUGCAUGGCUCCCAUGUCGUGGAACGGCUCCCAGAUCAUCUACAACAGAGUGGUUCGGCCUAUCUUCCUCCGCCAUGAAGCCACGGUGGACAACUUAGUGAGCGACCUCGGCGGGAAGGCCAUGAGCGUGGCAGAGAACUUCACCAGAGAAGUCCUGACCACUCUGGUGAAGAACAAAGCUCUGGUGAGUCCACCGCAGCCCGCUGUCUCUCAGUCUGAAGCCAAGAGUUUACCGAGCACAUCAUCGGGUAAGGUCGCUCCAUCAGAACAGGAAGAAGAGAGAGAGGUACGUUAG